UCUCAAGCCUCUUCUGCAAUCUGCAAUUGCUUGAGCCUCAAGGAUUUGUGUCAGAAAACUGGUGAUUUAUUUCAUAAAGUAAUUGGGCUGUUUUUUUUUUCUCUGGGAUGGUGUUUUUUUUUUUUGUAUAUUGUGAAGUGUGGCUUACAAAACAAUCCCAGAAGUCUUUGCUACAGCGGGUUCGAAACGUUCAGUUUUGAAAGACAAGCAUGUUAGAGGGUGUGCAAUUGCACCGCAUUCAAUUUUAUCGAGAAGUCUGUUUUAUAACGCAGACACAGCAAAUGCUAAAAAAAAAUUUUUUUAUGUCUGCCUUUUUAAAGACUAUUUUCUCCAUCAGUGAAUUAUCAAAUAAAAUAAAUUUAAAAAAAAUAACAGCAGAUGCGUGAAACGUCACCCUUUCUUGCGCUGGACAGAGCGAGAUCUUUAGCGGAAAUAUGUUUCCUGUCUUUGAUGCAGCUGUCGUCUUUUUUCAUUGAAGACGUUUGAAAGCAAGCAUGUGGCUAAUUUACCAGGAAGGAAGCAAACUGAACAGGCUGCCAGGUUCCUGAAUGCAGUGUAACAGAUGUGUGUGUCUGUGUGUGUCUGUGUGUGUCUGUGUGUGUCCACAGCAUCACAGGAUCGGGGGUCUGCGCUUUCUAUAUGGACGAUAUAGAGAAGGUCUUCAACGGAAAGUUCAAAGAACAGAAGACCACAGAGUCUGCCUGGACCCCCGUACCCGACGAACGAGUCCCUAAACCCAGACCGGGUUGCUGUGCAGGGGACGGACCUGCAGACUCUUACAAAGCGUCCAGUAGCUUCCCCGACGAGACCCUGUCCUUCAUCAAGUCCUUCCCCCUGAUGGACGAGGCCGUGCCGUCGGUCAACGAGAAGCCGUGGUUCACAAAGACUGGCAGCAGGUUCAAGCUCACCCAGAUAGCUGUGGACACGGCUGCGGGCCCCGGUAAGAACCACACCGUGGUGUUCCUGGGAUCUGAAGAGGGGAAGCUCCUCAAAGUCCUCUGCAGCCCCGCGGAUAACUCCUCCCUUGACAGCCUGCUGCUCGAAGAGAUUGACGUCUACAACCCUUCAAAGUGCAACGUGCGAGGAGAGGACAGGAGGAUUCUGGGAUUGGAGCUGGACAAGGACCAUCAUGCUCUGUUCGUGGCGUUCUCCAGCUGCGUGAUCCGGGUUCCGCUCAGUCGUUGCCAGGACUACGGGAGAUGCAAAAAAAGCUGUCUGUCGUCUCGUGAUCCCUACUGUGUCUGGUUAAAGACUGGCAGCUGCAGCUCCCUCGCACCUGGGUUCAGAGCAGGGUUCGAGCAGGACGUAGAGAACGGAUUCGCUCAGCAACCAGACAGCUGCCACGAUGUCAUGGCUACUACUCGAAAUCAGUACAGCCCUGGUGAUUCAGCCUAUGGAAAGACCACACCCACAAGUUCAAGCACCAGCAAUCAGUGGGCGGCUUCCUCGCAGGUCACAGGUCGCUCAGAGACAGGUACCAUUCGGGUUGACCGCGCCCCCUUUGCUAAUGGCGAGCCGAGCGAUUUUCCGGCUAUCGGAGUGGAGAUUGAGGGUAAGGGCGGUAGGGGGGGUCCUGUUUUUGACGUGUCAAUUAACACUGCGCUGGCACUGUGGGGCUAACCAGCUGACUCUGUACUAACCCUGCAAGAAUAUUCUAAUAGUGGUUUAUAGUUGGGCUUGCUCCCUUUCAGCAGAUAGUGCUACUAAUAUUAAAUCACUCGCCUUUUUUGAGCAUUUUUUGGGGGGUGUCCUUUACUGAGACGUCACGGACCCUGUGUAUCGUGCGACUGGUGGAAAAACAGUGCAAUGCAAUGCAAUGCAAUACAAUGCAAUACAAAUCUUCUGAAGAUAUGCAGACGCCGUUACCCCUGCUGCACAGUCGGAAUUCACUGUGCCUUUUGCAGGCCGUUUUAUUUUAAAGUUCUACAGCGAUAGCUCAUCGACCGUUUGAAGCUGACCGCUUCAUGUUUUCCACGAGACGCCCGCUGACUCUUUCCCAGCUGCAGCCUGUGAUUCUAUCCCAUCGAGUUUGUUCACUCAUGGAAAUAUCAACGAGACACAUUUCACUUUUUUACAAAACCCUUAGCUCUGACGUGAUGACAUGCAGAACCGCACCAGAGUACCGCUGGAUACUUUUAUU